GAAGUCACGUAAGUGGUCGAGUAGAAUCAAAACAUAUUGACUAUUGGAAACCAAAAAUGGGUUUCAUGCCACAUACUGUUCAUACGUUAUCUUUCAGGAUUAUUCAACAUUAAGAAUAAGGUGGGUCAUCAAUUUAUUCGUAUCAAAAGUGCAUUAGGAUAUAUAUUACUACUUUGGAUUUCGUCAAAUUACCGACCAAACGAAAGUACAGUCAUUUAGGGUAUUUAGGGUCAUUUUUUACAUUUUUACUGGAGUAAAUAAAACUAACAUGGUUAUUAUUGGUUGUUGGGUAUAAUUGGGAAGUACAUUUUCCGAGUGAAUAGAUCUAUAAAUCGAUUUGGGUUUACCUUUGAUAAAACGAACUCUAACGGAAGUUUUAUUUGGACCAACGAUUUGGGGUAUUGCGGGUCACUUCCGGUUAUUUUGAGUCACUUCGUAAAAGUAUAUAAAAUCGAAAUAAAAGGCUUGCUAAUAUCGUUUUUUGACCAUGAUUAGGCAGUAUUGCUAUAAUUUAUUUUCAAUUUUGUCAGAAAUGUAUUUUUACUGGACAAAUGGCUUACGUUUUAAGUUGAUAUGCACACGUGAUGUAACGUGUGCGGAUCAAGCAGACGGACUGAAAAAACUAUCGCCUCCAAUUUAAAGAAAAAGACACUUUUCGUUAUUUCACAAAAAAUAAUUGAAGUCAUUUUAUAUAUUCAUUUGAAAAUCUCUCGCUGUGACCUUCAAUUCGACUUUUAGAUAUAUCGAUGACGUUUUGUCUAUUAACAAUGAUAGCUUUCAUACAUAUGUCGAUUUGAUAUAUCCCUGUGAGCUCGAAAUAAAAGACACCACGGAGUCGUCCACUUCUGCUUCAUACUUAGAUAUUUUAUUGAAAGUAGACAUUACCAGCAAACUGACAACUCAACUGUAUGACAAACGGGAUGAUUUCAGCUUCUCCAUCGUCAACUUCCCACAUUUAUGUAGCAAUAUUCCAUUAUCACCUGCAUAUGGUGUUUAUAUAUCUCAACUGAUUCGAUAUGCAAGAGCUAGUUCUGGGUAUAGUCAGUUUUUAAAUCGAGGUAAGCUAAUGACAAACAAGUUGAUGGUACAGGGAUUUCAACAGUUUCGAUUGAAGUCAGCAUUUCGCAAAUUUUAUGGUCAUUAUAACGAUCUAGUUCGUCAAUACAACCUCGCAUUGGGUCAAAUGCUGUCUGAAGUGUUUCAUACCGAUUGUUAAGCCGUUCUUGGCACACUGAUUUUGACUGCGGAUAACUCCGUUUACCUGAUCAGGAUAUAGCGCUGACGGCAGCUGUGACCGGUCAACAGGGGAUGCUUACUCCUCCUAGGCACCUGAUCUGGUGUGUCCAGGGGUCCGUGUUUGCUCAACUAUCUAUUUUGUAUUGCUUGUAGGAGUUAUGAGAUUGAUCACCGUUCGUUAUCUUCACCUUACAAUGACUACUAAGAUAUCUUUUAAAGUAACAAUAAAAAGGGGUAAUAUUAUAUAACAAAAUACAACACAUUUGUAUUAAAAGAUAGGUGUAUAUUGUUUAACGAAUCUUUCACUCCUAUGCUGAUAUGGAGAUGUCUGUAUUAAAAAAAAAAUGACUAGCAUGUAAAGCCCAAUAUAACAAAAAAAAAACUAAUGUGAAUCUAAAAUGGAACAUUGCAUUAUUUGGACUCAUAUAAAAUAAAUAGUGAUAUAUACAUGUAUCUCUCUCUCUCUCUCUCUCUCUCUCUCUCUCUCUCUCUCUCUCUCUCUCUCUCUCUCUCUCUUUACAAAUUAUGGAACAUGUUGCUAUCUGGACAUUAUUAAUCUAAAACAGUCCCUCUAGUUCCCACUCUCUCUAAAAUGUUGUACAUUCUCUUUAAUAAAUAUGUUCAGCUUUGAAACACACAAACAGAAACAAAGUAUAUACUUAGGCCUAGUAUAUAAAAACUUUUAUUUAAAACAAUGGAACAUGUGGUCUAUUUUUGGACAUUUAGGACUUGAUUUUCUCUUUAUAUGCAUACAAUACUUUUUAUUUCACCAGCAUAUAGAUAAUCUAGAUAAAAACAUCUUAGUCGUGAGACAAUAUGAAUUGCGAUAAAGAGACAUCAUUUACCAACUUUUUAGGCAAAUUUUCAACAUGCUGUUGAAUAAUGUUUAGUCAACGCACCAUGGAAGCUUUAGAGUCAUACUAAAAGUUGUAUUUACAGGGACUUCCUACACCUCCCACUUUUUUUCACCAUAGGGUGCCAGGGUGGAAAACUUCGCUUUGGUUCACUAGUAACGAUUGCAGAAAUAUCUACUCCAGCACCCAUCACAUCUAUUACAUGUAUGCCAAACCUCUUGGAACAUGUCCACAGGGAAGACCUUCUAUAUCGCGUAAUUUGCGAACCCCUCUCUUCAUCAGUUUUAACAUUUUAAAAGUGUUUUGGAAUAUUUUCUGAAAUCCAAUCUACAUUUGCAUUUCUUUUUUCCCUCUUAGUUAUUCCCAUUAUUCUACAAAUAUUGAAUUCAUGUGUAGUAUUAUUUAUUGUCCAUAAGCUACCUGUACGUACCUUCAUAGCUAUAUAGAUUUAGAAACAUUGUAUUUACCUUGUGAUGAAUCUUUCCAGUUAUAUUUCAUCUGUCAAUCACUGUUUUAUACUCUUUUAAAUUAAUUCAACUAGAAGUUGAAAUUUCACAAGGUAUUUUAAAUACUUUUAGAAAUUUUACAAUACUUUAUAAGACUUGAUAAAGAUAUAUUUAUAGCUAUAUUGCUAAAGAAAGAGGCUGAAGUGCACUGUGGCAGCGAUACAUGUCUUUUGUUAUAUUGAACACCCAAAAUUUAAUCGUAAUUAAUCAAUUUUACAAUCUAUAAUUAAUGAUACCACAUCUUCUAAAAAUAAGAAUGAAAAUGUAUAUUUUAAACAUUAACAUGCGGCACAUCAAAGACUCGACGAAGAUGUACCUUUUAAAAAGCACGUGACCCGAAAUACACUAAAUGAAGAGGGUAAGAAAUACGCUAUGAACUCCAACGAAUUUAUUGUAAUUAAGUUUAGUAAAGUUGCAUUCAAAAGUGUAUAAAAUUACCUUUCCAACAGUAUAUAGUGUGUAUUGUUUCGUCAAUCGUAACAUUCACAACAUCGAUGAAAAUAACAAUGUCUCCGUUUUGGACACGCCAAAUUCUCCGAUCGCGAUUGCAUGCCAAUUAAUCAAAGUGUUAAUUAUACUGUUUAUUUUUUAGUAUUUCACCUGCUAAUUGUGUGAAUACGUAGAAUAAACCUUGCUGGACGUGACUGCAACAAUAUUUUCUUUUUCUUUCACGUUUAGUGUGAAAUGUUACUGAAUAAACCGGACGACUCCCAAUAAUCGGGGUGCCCGAAAUACCCUAAAUGACUGUAAUUGUUCAUGACACUAUUAGAGGUUAACAUCAUUUUCAAAACAGCAAGUCGCAAUGACAAUAAACUUAACAAAGUGAGCUUAAAAUGCUUCAGAAUUCAAACGGUCUACUGAAUACAAAUGACAAAAGUGAAGAUAACGAAAAGUGAUCAAUGCAAUCAACUGAUUCCUAGAGCGAAUAUAUUUUAAUAGGAGAGACACGGACCCCUGGACACAACAGUUGUAGAAUGAAGUGGUUAGGAGUAAGCGUUCUCUGUAGACCGAUCACAUCUGUCUUUGUCAGACAAAAGAAGCAAUGCGUAGUCAUAAGUAUGUAAAGAACCUGACAAUUGGUAUGAAAUAUGUCAGACAGACAUCAGCCUAAUGGCAGGUUGAAUUUGUUAUUAAGAUAUUAUAAAGAUCUUAGAAUUUACAAAAUGUCCAUUUAAAACGAGAUCGUGGCAACCCCUUUAACAUCAAUCUAUUUGUCAGCAGCCUGUCUUGAUUUAAACAAUGGUCAUACACAGAACAGGCUACUGUAGAGGAACAUAAAGCCGUAUACACGAGAACAUUCUAAUACGCGUUUCUUACAUGUUUCAUACCAAAUUUUAGGCCGGUUUUUGCGCACUGAUUUUGACCACCCAUUACUCCGUUAACCUUUUCAAAAUAUAGGGCUCAUGACAGGUGUUACUGGUCCGCACGGAAUAUUUACUCCUCACAAGUACUAUAGCUUAGCUCUGUUCGUCAUCAUUUUUUUUUUCAUUCCGAAAGGUGACGUUAAAGAACAUUUAUAAAACUUCAUAUGCAUGCUUUUAGAUGAUUUACUGCAAUAAUGGCUUCAAAACAUCUGGUACCCGAACAGCAAAACUUUGUUCGGCUAUCUUUAGCCUGUGUGGACAAGAUUCGAGUAAUGCUGGGAUACAUUCUACAAUGUCAGAUACCACCUGAAGAUCUCUUCAAGACAAUCCAAGCUAACACGACAUUGUUAACCGGAAAUCAAAAGCUCAGUCCAGAACAAUUAAAACUUUGUUAUAAACCUUGUCCUUUUGUCCCAGACUAUAAAUGUUUCGAUAUCACCUUACUGUACAAGCUCAUCCGGAACCUGUGUCAAACAUUACAACCUUCACAAGGAUGGGGACAAAAACCCCGCAAUACCGAUAUCAAAAUCGGAGAUGAUAUUGAACGCCUUAGAUUAUUUAGAAAUGAGAUGGUUGGACAUGCGGAGUCUUCCAGUGUACCUGAUGGUAUAUUUGCUUCCAAGUGGAGUGAGCUUGAAAGUACUUUUAAGAGGAUACAAGGAUUUUUAUCAUCAAACGGAAUCACAAAAAACUUCGUGGAACAACUUGUAUCUCUCAAACGAACCGACUUUGGUUGGCAGGAUCACGAAAAGAUCGAAAUGCGCUUGAUGUUCGAACGUAUUAAGCUUACAGACACACCAAAACUAACAGUACAAGGUGAUGAACAAAAAAUAUGGGGAGAAAGAGCGUGUUUUAUGGCAAGGUAUGAAGAUGGCGAUUCAUCAAAUAACUGGCCUAUCACGUGGCAAAAGAUUACAGGAAACACAAUAGAACAGCUGGACAUAAGUACAGAGAGGUACAGAGGUAGCUCCAGUCAACAACUGGUGAUCUCAAGGGUUAACAAAUAUGAUCAGGGAGAAUAUCGAGCCACUGUAUUACGUGAGGAGAAGGAAACGCACAUCCUAAUCCCUAGUAACACCAUCUACCUUACGGUGACAGGAGAUUUACCGAUUUUGGAGAUAGAAAAUGCAGUCGCUGAAGGAGACAGAGUAACGAUUCAUUACUGCGUCUUUGUCAACGAUCAAUCACCAGCUGUGUACAAUAUUGUGUGGACCAAAAACGGAAAACCUUUAGAGACAAAUGCAGCUAAGUACAGCGAUGGACGAUUAAUGGAUGCAUACUUAACGAUACACUCUCCAACAUUGACUGACAUUGGGCAGUACAGUUGUGCAGUUUCCAACGCCGUGGGAUCCGUCACGAAGUCCAUAGAUCUGCAUCUCCCUUCCGUAUCCAUUGUUGAUGAUCUUCAAGUAGCUGUUGGAAAUCCCAUUACCAUUGAAGUCACCAUUCAGUCUUGUCCAACACCAGUGUCGGCAAUAUGGCAGAAAAGAAUUAGACUGGAUUUGAAAGAUUUCGAAAAUAUAGACAUUAAUCAAUCCAAAUAUUUUGGGAGUAAAGAUGACCCAGAAAAUCCGAUACUAGUCAUACCAAAAACAACGCUUGAAGACGGAAUAUUUUACCGACUUGUCGUGUCCAACGGAAUAGGCCAAAGUACGAGUAACACUACCUACCUGAAACUCAUAGGUGAUGUUCCGUCAUUAUUUGUUCCCCAUGUCACAAGUACAUCAGAGAGAAGUGUUACCUUAGCAUGUCAAAUGACCACAUCUAGUAAUUCCCCAGAAGUAUCGGAUGUCUUUUGGACAAAAGACGACAGAAAGAUUGACAUAGUCAGAAGCGGAGGAAAAUACUCAGGAGGAAGUAUUACUGAUCCCUCACUAACUAUCAAGGCGGUGAACUCAAACGACGGGGGGAGAUAUCAGUGCUGCGCAUCGAAUUCUGUGGGAAACAUGUGGAGUGAGACAAUUCUUCUUGAGUCACCUACAUCGCUACUAUCAAUUCCUGUUGCUCUUAAUGCUGAAUGGAAAGUCAAACACGGAUGGAAUGGCGACUUUCAAGCAAUCGAUAUGUAUGAUCCGUUAUACAGAGGGUGUACAAUUGCCUUUCCUCGUCCCCGGCUGGUACAAAAUGGAUAUAGAGCCGAACAACUAGAAACAUUUCAACUCGAAGUUUUUAAUUUAAUUGGAAGUAGCAGACGAAAUACACAAGACAAAGUCGUGGAGAGUUCUGAUGCUAAUAUGAAUCAAGAGAUUUCAAAAUCGUUGAAGAAAUUGUACAGCAACUGUUCUUACGCUCUCUUUGCUAACCUCAGUGACGACCUGGCAGAAUCACUUCCAGAAAAUAAACUUCAAAGACUCAAAGAUCUCCUUACUGGUGUAAAUGGUGUUGAUGCAGAAUCAAUAAAAAAGGUGACAGCAGUAAGGGGAUUCGUCAUGCUUCUUCAAGAGAAACAACUCUUCACAAUGACAGAUGUGUUAUUCAUGCAAUUAUUACUUAGAAAAGUCGGAUGUAAAGAAUUGUAUGAGAAAUGCAUUCAAUAUGCUAGAAAACAACGAGCAUUGUGCCUUUUUGAAAAAGAUCCAGACAAUGGUUUCAAACAUGUCCAGUUUCACAUAGCAGGGACUUUGCAGAUAUAUUCAAACGAGGAACUCCAUAAUAUCAGAAACAUAGUCAUCGCCUUUCUAGGCUGCAAAGAUGAUGAUGUUGUAUUAGACGGAAUUCACCUUGCUAAUAGCUUUUUUGUAGUUUUAGGCAUCAGGGAAAUAUUUGUUAACAAACUCCUAGAUAUGGAUCAGCAACACAUCCAGCAACUCUGUGAUUUGAAAGUGGACUACUUUAUUUUGGACCACGAAAAGCAUAAUAUGAACAUUCUUCAGAAGGAUUCGACUUCCAAAGAAAAUACGAUUUGGGGGCGAUUGCUGGCACCACUAGGAUGGUUUGCCUCAAAAUUGUCAAUAUUUAGAAGAGGAGAACCGGAUGUCAAUAAUUUUGAACCGGAUGUUAUGGAAGGCUCUUACCCGACAAAAACAAAAGAAGAGCAAUGGAGAGAGAAGAACAAAUCGUCUAAAUCUAAUGCUGAUAUGAUCGGAGUGCCAGAGCGCUUGGUUUCUCCAGAAGAAAGAACAAUUACCUCACCAGAGAUAGAGAAAUCACUAGGACUCCAGCCCUUACGAUAUCAGUCAGACGUGAGAAGAACAUAUUGUUACCGAGACUUUGACGACGAUAUAUUUACGUCAGUAAUUCGAAAGGAUUCAUCUAGGAUAUCUUCUCAUGGCUCUUACCCGACAAAAAUAGAAGAAGAGAAAUGGAGAGAAAAGAAGAAAUCGUCUAAAUCUAAUGCUGAUCUGAUCGGCUGGAAGCAUCCAGAGCACUUAAUUUCUCCAAAAGGUAUAUCACUUUCCCAAAAGGUUGGUUUCUCCGUCUCACAGAUAUCCAGUAUAACCGUAUCUGAUGUUGGUAAAGUUCGUCAUAUUUCGGUGGUGACGUCUGACAGACUGUGGGUGAGUGAUUAUGUGGGUCAUCUCCUACAGGUGGACUCCUCCGGACGCGUACUACACGACAAACAGAGAUUUGAAUGCUCAUCAUUUCCAUUUAGAUACAAUAGUAGAGGGAGUCACACCGUCACAGAGGACGGGGACCUCCUGUUUAUAUACUGCGAUAAAGUCCGUAAGUUAACAUCAGACGGGACCCUCACCACACUCCUCACAACAGACUGGGGAGCAUACUGUAUCCACUCCUCCCGUAUUAACGGCGACAUACUGGUGGGGAGUAUUGGGAAAGUGACGAGGUACGACAGGACAGGACGGAGACUCCAGGUCAUUAAGGAGGGCGAUAAAGGACAGACAUUGUAUGAAUUACCAAUCUACAUCACGGAGAAUAAGAACGGGGACAUCUGGAUUUCUGACAUGGAUAAGAGAGCAGUAGUAGUGGUGGAUAAAUCAGGACGUCAUCGGUUUGACUACACAGGUCGUCAGUCUGAAGACUCGAGUUACAUGUAUCACUCUUUCUACACGGGUCUUCAGCUUCACUUUUCUCCCCGUGGUAUCUGUACGGACGUCCUCGGACACGUACUGGUCUGUGAUGUUUAUAAUGACAGUGUUCACCUGCUGGAUCAGGACGGUCAGUUCCUGUCUCUACUGCUGACAGGAGAACAACAUGGAAUAGAUCAUCCCGCGGCUCUGUGUGUGGACGACCAACACAACCUAUAUCUGGGACAGCGCGACAGUAACACGAUAAACGUGUACAAGUAUCUAAAGGAUACGGACUUCAAAUAAAAUUGAAAGUUUGCUCAACACCUGUCAAAAUCCAUUAUUUACCGGAUAUUAUGGAAUUUUAACUUGUGUGCAGUCAGUGUCUGAUUGUAUGAUAUUCCAGAAAAGUGACCAAAGAUGUCUUACUUUUUGUUGAUUAGAAACCAAUAUAAUCCGAUUAUACAGUUUACAUAUAUACAUCAUAUAAUCCGAUUAUACAGUGUACAGUUUACAUAUAUACAUCAUAUAAUUUGUCACAAAUUCACGUGUACGUAUUGUUCACUAUAUUGAUUACUGUGAAAAUUGUCGUAUGUACAAGAAUGUUAAAGUUAAUGAUAUUGUGAAGAAAAUAUUGAAUUAAAAUUAAAGAAUUCUAAAACGGA